UUCUUUAGUAGUUUAUGGUGUACUCACACAACUUGCAGUCACAAACUAAGCUUGAAAGAGUGCAGUCUAGUAUUGUAUGAACCGUGAUAUAAAAACUUAUCAACAUGAAGAUUUUAAUGAGAGCAGACACACAUUACAGCAUUGGCGUAAGAAGUAGUGAAUACGAAAAGCCAAAAUAUACCAUUUCACAGGUGUUAGCCGCAGUAGCUGUUUCGAUGGGUUCUAUGAUCAUUGGUUUUUCCUCCGCUUAUACAUCGCCGGCUUUGGUCACUAUGGAAAACAGCACUACAAUAUCGGUUUCAAAAGAAGAGGCAAGCUGGGUGGGCAGCUUGAUGCCCCUUGCGGCACUCGUAGGCGGUGUCGUUGGUGGACCCCUCGUCGAUUAUAUUGGUAGGCGUAGGACAAUUUUAUUUACUGCACCGCCUUUUUUUAUAGGAUGGAUUCUUAUAGCUACUGCAAAAAUUGUACAUUUAAUAUUGGCCGGUCGUGUCAUAUGCGGUCUAUGUGUUGGUAUUGGAUCUUUAGCUUUUCCUGUAUAUCUUGGUGAAACUAUACAACCAGAAGUAAGAGGAACUUUGGGACUUUUUCCUACAGCUAUCGGUAAUAUAGGUAUUUUGAUAUGUUAUCUUGCUGGUAAAUAUCUUGACUGGUCCCAACUUGCCUAUCUGGGCGCCGCAUUACCUGUACCAUUCUUCCUACUAAUGUUCACAAUCCCAGAGACUCCACAGUGGUAUAUAUCUCGAGGUCGAAAUGAAGAUGCCCGUAAUGCCUUACAAUGGCUUCGUGGAAAAAAUACUAAAAUUGAAAACGAAAUGCACAACAUAGCUUUAAUGAAUGCAGAGACUGAAGCCAGUGAGUCAAAUAUAAAAGACCUUUUUAGCAUGAAGUAUAUGAAAUCAAUUUUAAUUUGUUUAGGCUUGAUGACUUUCCAACAAUUAUCUGGAAUAAAUGCUGUCAUAUUUUAUACUGUAUCAAUUUUUAAGAUGUCUGGAAGUGCAGUAGAUGAGAAUUUAUCAACAAUUAUAGUUGGAAUAGUCAAUUUUGCAUCCACAUUUGUUGCUACAGCACUCAUUGACAGAGCAGGUAGGAAAAUGUUAUUAUAUAUAUCAUCCAUAACUAUGACUAUUACUUUGGUUGUAUUAGGAACAUUUUUUUAUGUACAAAAUAACAUGAAAUUAGAUGUCUCAUCUUUAGGUUGGUUGCCACUAACAAGUUUAAUGACUUAUUUGUUAGGUUUUUCAUUAGCAUUUGGUCCAAUACCAUGGCUUAUGAUGGGAGAAAUAUUACCAGCAAAAAUAAGAGGAGCUGCUGCAUCUAUAUGUACUGCAUUUAACUGGUUAUGUACUUUUACAGUUACAAAAACAUUUCAAAACAUUAUUGAUGGAAUUGGUCCAGCUGGUACAUUUUGGCUUUUUGGUUGUAUUUGUUUUACUGGUUUAUUUUUUGUCAUAGUGUGUGUACCAGAAACUCGUGGUAAGAGUCUUGAACAGAUAGAAAACAAAAUGUUAGGUAGACCAAGCACCAGAACUCGUAGGAUGAGUUCUAUAGCAAACAUCAAACCACUGCCAAGUGGUUGUUAAUUUAAACAUAUUUUUUAAAAUUACAAUCUCCUACACAUAGAACUGAUAAAUAUUCUCGAAUAAUGAAGUAUGUAACAUAAGAUAAACAUGCAAUAAACCUCCUAAAAUAAGACAUGAGUAUGUAUAAAAAAAAUAAUGAUAAAUUAGUAGUUGUAGGUUUAAAUAUGUAAUAAUUGUAAAUAUGUAUAUAAUUUAUUAUUCAAUGACAUUAUAUUAUGAAGUAAUCUUAAGUUUAUAAAUUAUUAAAUAAAAAUUUAUUUCAUUAUA